GGUCUCCGGCCAAGUUCCCCUGAGAGCCGCCGGCGCCCACGCUCGAAAUUGAUGCCGGAAGAGUAUGAGAACCUAUACGAGAGCCUAGAUGCAACACAAAACGAUGAUGACAGCCAAGAAGAUCGUCCACACCACAGACCACCACGUCCAGGAGGCAACCACAACCACCAUCGCCCACCUCCUCAUGGAAACCACCAGCGACCACCACCUCCACAGAAUGGCACUAGACCUCCUCCUCCAGAAAAUGAACAAGAGUAUGAGAACCUAUACGAGAGCCUAGCUGCAACACAGAACAAUAAUGACAGCCAAGAAGAUCGUCCACACCACAGACCACCACGUCCAGGAGGCAACCACAACCACCAUCGCCCACCUCCUCAUGGAAACCACCAGCGACCACCACCUCCACAGAAUGGCACUAGACCUCCUCCUCCAGAAAAUGAACAAGAGUAUGAGAACCUAUACGAGAGCCUAGCUGCAACACAGAACAAUAAUGACAGCCAAGAAGAUCGUCCACACCACAGACCACCACGUCCAGGAGGCAACCACAACCACCAUCGCCCACCUCCUCAUGGAAACCACCAGCGACCACCACCUCCACAGAAUGGCACUAGACCUCCUCCUCCAGAAAAUGAACAAGAGUAUGAGAACCUAUACGAGAGCCUAGAUGCAACACAAAACGAUGAUGACAGCCAAGAAGAUCGUCCACACCACAGACCACCACGUCCAGGAGGCAACCACAACCACCAUCGCCCACCUCCUCAUGGAAACCACCAGCGACCACCACCUCCACAGAAUGGCACUAGACCUCCUCCUCCAGAAAAUGAACAAGAAAAUGAAUAAGAAGAUAAUGUCCUUUAAGAUCCAUGACUUUGGAACCAUGAUGUG